AUGCCUACAGCACAUGUACCUUGCCUUAUUGUUCCGACCACGAACAAAAGUGUAUGGAAUCGAGAUCUCCUGAAUACGCGUCGAUCCGCUCUUCAAGCCGUUAUUGUUGUUCGUCACUCUGAAAUGGCCCUAACUGCAAAAAGACGACCGGUAACGGCAGAAGGGAUAGAAGAUCCCGCUGAAUAUGACUCUGACUGGUGUCAGAGCUUUUCACCGACUGAAGCAGCUUACCAAGUUCCCUGUUCUCCACAUCACUACUUCGAACAAUUACCGUCUUCUCAAACGCAAUCCACACAAUCUAACAAAAACUCACUUCCAUCACCUCCUACGUCUCCCCGACUCCGCCGCAAACGCACCUGCGCACCCAUCAACAUCGUGACCUCUUCCCACUCGCUGUCUCCCCUGCGGCUAGGUAGCAUCGACGAGGACCCAGAAUACGACUUUGGGUUCAGCCUCGACCUCGGUUCCGAAUCCCCCGCAUCAGCGAGCACACCCGAUCUCGUCUCUUCGUCUGAUGUACUGAGAGAGUGGGCGGGGGCGGGGAUCGCGGUUCCUCGUGUGCCGGCACGACGUCGCUCGUGGCGAUCAAGCUCGUUCUCGAGGGAUCGGAUAAAGAAGGUUGUCGUUAAUGAAGCGGAUAGGGAUUGUGCAAUAUGUUUCGAGUACGCGUGGCUAAAUGGCCCAAACGGCACAGGGCGCUGCCCUCACUGCGAAUUACCCUGUUCACUUGAGAACAACACCAUCUCCCUCGCCUCACCCACCGACAAGAAACGAAAACAACCACCUUCGCCCCUCCUCCUCAUUCGAUCCAUGUCAAACGAAACGAUCCCAUGUGAUUCUACUACGGACAACGAGGCCUCAGGCUCUACUUCACGAGGCCGAUCACGCGCCGCACGACAUCAGGAUCCGACGCGCCCAAUGGAAGAAGAAGAAGCUUCAGGGAGUGGAAGGAGAAGAGAUUCUCCUUCUCCCGUACCAUAUGCAUCCACGUCACCACCACCUUUUCUCGCGGAAUCAGCGAAAGAUUCUUCACGGUAUUCGAUCCCUACGCCCCCCAACUCGUCAGCACCGCUUUCCAGAGACUCCUUUGCUUCAGAGUCGUCGUUUCACUUGUCUUCGGACCCGUCGGUUUCCCCAUCCACUGUUCAAGAAAAGGGGAAACCACAUUACUCUAUCUAUCUCACGACUGGCGCUUUAUCGGCAAGUCCGAUUGGGCCAACAACGACCAUGUCAUCCAGCACAGCCAGCCCCGCCUCGACAGCGUCCUCAUCCCAGACUUCCAUCGACACACUCCCGAGCCCGGGCCCAGGCGCGGAAAUGCAGGGACCCUUGAGCCAUCUGGCUACCGUUGUGGCCUUUGUUUAUUUGUUGUAUACUUUGAUGAGCUGA